AUGCUGUCGUCUAUCUGUCGGGCGUUUUUGUACUACACUCUAUGUGCUCAGCUUGCAUAUGCAGUCGAUCCUCUCGUCAAACUGCCGUACAGCGAGUUCGCCGGCACCGUCCAGUCCAAUGGCAUAACGCAAUGGUUAGGCAUACCAUUUGCUGCACCUCCAAUAGGCGAAUUGAGAUUUGCACCACCUUCAGAUCCUCCGAUCAAGACUGGUGUACAGCAAGCGGAUAAGCUACCAGUCUUUAUAUUUUUUCAAGGCGGAGGUUUCAACUCUAAUGCUAACCCGAACCUUAAUGGUGCUGGGUUGAUCGAGGCAUCCGGCCAUAACAUCAUUGUCGUCACAUUUAAUUAUCGUGUUGGACCGUGGGGCUUCCUUGCCAGCUCUGGUUCCAGCUCAGGACAGCCAACUGCAAACAAUGGUCUACGAGAUCAACGCAAAGCUCUCGAAUGGGUCCAGAAGUAUAUCUCGAGUUUCGGAGGUGACCCUAACCAUGUUGUGCUCGGUGGAGACUCUGCAGGCGCUGCUUCAAUAUCCCUGCAUCUAACAGCGUACGGUGGACGAAACGACAACCUCUUUCAUGCUGCGGCAGUUGAAUCUGUCUCAUUUGCGACAGUGUUGACCACUAAGGAAGCACAGUAUCAGUAUGACAACUUCACCCGUGCCGGUGGGUGUUCUGAUUCGGACGCUGCCAAGUCUCUAUCAUGCUUGCGAAGCAAGACCGCCCAACAGCUUCAGGCGCAGAACUUUAAUAUACCAUAUCCUGGUCAGGCUAAGGCACCUCUCUACAUGUUCGCUCCUACGCUGGAUGGGGACUUUGUGACAGACUUGACAUACACCGCUUUUGAAAAGGGCAAAUUCAUCGAUGUACCUGUCAUUUUUGGAGCCGACACAAAUGAUGGUACUGGUUUCACACCAAAGGAUACUUCUUCUCAGGAGCAAUCGAACGCUUUCCUGACACAGCAAUUCCCUUAUUUGACCGCAUCCCAGCUUAGCGAGAUUGAUAGACUAUACCCUGUGCCCACGGGUAACGAUUGUCCUGCCUCAGGCACUUGCUGGUGGCGCCAAGUCUCGAACGCAUAUGGCGAGCUUCGCUAUAUGUGUCCGAGCCUGUACAUCUCGUCAGCUUACGCCAACCUCACAACCACAUCCUCUAACACCAAGAAAGACACAACGAGUAACAGUAUCAAAGCUGUCACGUAUUUCGUCGGUGGUGGUUCAGCCCGUCGACAUGCUGGUAGUGCAUCAAACUCUCUUUCCACACGAGCCACCAAAUCUGCCUCAUACGCAUAUCGCUACAACGUCGAAGAUCCAGAUCAGAUCGCCGCCGGCCUCGGCGUCCCUCACACGGUCGAGCUGAAUGCCAUCUUUGGUCCAGACAACGUUCCAGCCGGCUCUGCUCCUGCCUCAUACUACCCCGGGAAAUCUAAUGCAAACGUCGUGCCAGUGAUACAAGCCUACUGGACUAGUUUCAUUAGGACAUUUGAUCCGAACACGCACAAGUUGAGUGGCAGCGCGACGUGGGAGACAUAUUACAGCAAGAGUGGAGAGCCGCAGCGUAUACUGUUCAACACUGGUGGGAAGACGGAUAUGGAGAGUGUGGACAAGGGACAGAGGGUCAGGUGUGCCUAUUUACAGUCUAUUGGAGCGAGUAUUAAGCAGUAG